AUGUCCAAUCACACUGCGCUAGUGAGCAAAGACGAGGAGAGCUCUGACACCCGAUUCGCGGGUAAUGUAAGUUCAUCCACAGGCCCUCGCCCAUUUCCAACCAUCCAUGAGCUCUUGGCAGAAUCCGAACAAGGACCGGAUGACAGUAUCGCUCUAGUUCCAAUCACAAGGGCUUCACCAUCUUCUCCGUCUUUGAAUGUAAAGAGAUCUCAACUGUUAUCUCAACUGGGCGAAGAUGCUGAUUUGCGUCAACAGAUCUUGGAUAAAUGCCCUCACAAUGGCAUCACCAAUAUCAGUUCAGUCAUUUAG